AUGAAAAGAGGGAAAAAGCAAGCAUUCGUUGGAAUAGUAAAACCAAAAAUUCCUCAAAAAAAAGCUGCUGCAGUUUCAAGAUUUCUGAAUUUACCUCAUCCUCUUAUUAGUGAAAUACUUCAUUAUUCAAUCGGAUCAAAUCAAGAUCUAUUAGCAUUAUGCCAAACUUGCAAAAUGCUUUAUAAUUUAAUUUUUCAGCACAAGUCUAUAUGAGCCAGCUUAUUUCUAUUGAAAUUUCCAAAUUCAUUAUCAAAGCUUAUAAAUAUCAAUACACUUUCAAAUGAUCUAUCUCAUGGUAUAGUGGAUCAAUCAAAAGAUUGAAAGAACCUUUAUCUUAGCCAAGUCAAAAAAAAUCAAGAAGCUCAGAUUAAGAAACUAACCACACAGUUAUCCAAGCUGACUUUAGACUCAACUUGUGGAACAAUGGAAAAAGCGAUGAAAAAUGUAAAACCCAAAUUCAAUUGAAGGUGCGGGAAGAUAAGAAUUGAUAUCGAACCUACUAAUGUGGUUUAUUUUAGAUCUGGAAUGACAGUCAAAUUAUCUUUAGAACAGACCUGUAAUCAGCUAGGAUGUCUUGAAGCAUCAAUAAGCAAUACCAGAUUCCCCAUAAAAUUCUAUAGCCAAAAUGAGAAAAUGCUGAAUAGCGGAAACGUCCAUGCAAAAAAAUGUGGAAAUGCAGUUUGCAUCAUGCUAAAUGAAAACGAUAUCACAUUUAUGUAUUUUACUAUAAAUUAUAGAAGUUUCCUAUGUUUGGCGCUGUAAGGCCGAUAAAUUCUGAUCGGAAUUUAUCGGUUGGUUGCACCAAAUCAAUGCCUUGGUCGGACCAAAAAGCGACUUGGUCCGACGAACUUGGAAAGCUCCUGGGAAAAUGUCUGCGCUUUUCAGCGCUAUAUAGAGGAAAACUCUAUAUAUGGAUAUCAUACCUCAAUUAACAAAGUAUGCUGUUAAGCCUAGAAGAGAUGACAUUGAUAGCAACUUUGGGAUGCAUUCUUACACCCUGGGGCUCGAGAUAAGGACUCCUCUUACUUCAAUUGAAACAAUUGUUUUUAGGGUUGUUGACUUUGUCCCUGAAGGCAAUUUUGCUAUAUUUUAUUCAGAUGAAUUAGAGUACAAAAUAAACAAAAAUAAAUUCGUCAUUAACUGAAAAACCAUUGCAUUUUCAGGGAAAAUCCAAGACGUAUGCAUAGUAGAUUGCAUUUUGAGAAGCGAAUUUGGAGAGCCUGUUUGGUGAAUCAGCGAAGCUGACAAAAUAGAAAUCAAAGAACGCCAUGGGUAUAGAGGAGAUGUAUAUUCCCUCCUACUUCAAAAAGACCAAGGAGAAAUUGAACUGUUUUUUGUUGAUAACGAUGCUUGGGAGCUAAAAUCAAUCCAACUUAGGCUAUCUCUCAGCUAUAUUUCCAGCAUUUUUGUCAAAUCUUAG